AUGGCUACCUACCUUGUUACGCAGGCCACAGGUGAGCAAGGCAAAUGGGUUAUCAAGCACCUCCUCGCAGCAUCCGUCAAAGUCCACGCCGUCGUCCGCGACCUUCAAAAAGUCCCCCCUAUCCUCAAGAACCCCGGCGUAACUCUCUUCCAAGGCGAAAGCAGGAACUUUGAUGAAAUCUACCAAGCAGCCCAAGGUUGCACGGCAGCAUUUCUAAAUACCUUUCCCAUCCCCGGCCUGGAAGCUCUCCAGGCCAAGACCAUUGUAGACGCAUGCAGGAAAGCGGGAGUUGAAACUCUUGUUGCGUCCACAACCUUCACCGUUGGUGACAGGGCCUCGUGGGAUCACGAAAAGACGGACGAAUGCCAACUACGCGAGUAUUUUGUUUCCAAGGCAGAGGUGGAGGAUACCGUUCGUCGGGCCGGUUUCCGAGCCUACACUAUUCUUCGACCGGCGAUUCUUCAUCAGGACUUUCUGAUGCCGGGGGCGACUCAGAAUUACCCUAGACUACCUACGCACGGAGAGCUAGACCACGCGUUUGAUAACGGUGUAAAGGCGCCGUUUACGGAUGCAAACGACGUUGGGCGGUUUGCUGCGGCAGCCUUGCGGGAUCCGGAUACCUAUGGUGGUCAGGAGAUUGACCUUGGUAGCGAGGCACUUUCCAUUCAAGAGGCACAUGAUAUUCUUGUCAAGGUUAGUGGUAGACAGGUCGGGCUGAGAAAGCGAACGCCUGAGGAACAGGAGCAAAUUAAGCCCACGGUAUUUGGUCAGCGAUUUCAACUGUAUGCGAACGUGGCAGAUUUUAGUGGAAAAGUCGCUGCCGCGAAAGACGUCGCGUCCAAGUUUGGCAUUCCGUUUACCACGUUGAAGGAAUCGUUGGAGAGGGAUAAAGCUCGGCUCUUGGAGUGCCUGCCAGCUUGA